AUGAUUUUAGACCGUUUGAUAUUAACGUGCAAAGACGAAAGCCUUCAAGCGAAAGCGUUAGAAAACAACUGGACACUCGAAGACUUCUUAAAGUAUGCGACUACAAAGCAAGACUUCGAAGCACAAAGAAACGAAAUGAAAAUGGAAAUUAAGAAAGAAUCACUCGAAGUACGAAGAGUAGCUGAUAAAAGAUUCUCGAGAGGAAAAUCGCAAAAGCUGUACUCGUUUAGAAAUCGCGAAAACCCGAGAAAACCCGUCAGCGACGUGAAAGAUAACAAAACCUGCACGAAGUGUGGUCGUGACAAAUCACAUUCUACAUGCCCAGCUGCCGAAAAAGAAUGUUUCAAUUGCCAGAAGAUUGGUCAUUUCCGUGCACAGUGUUUCUCAAAGAAAACCCGACAGCAGAUCGAAGCAAGUAAAAGCUGCUGGCUUGCAUGGUGGUUCUGUGAUGAAUGAUUUCCAACAAGAUUCUGUCGACUCGUCUGAUUCCGAUCCUGAGUUUUACAAAUGUGUGAGCGAGAAAUUGGGUAUACGGGCAGUAAAAGGACAAAAUACUAGCAACAGUUUGUUACCUGUUUACAUCUGUGGAACCAAGGUUAUCGUUGAUCCAGAUGCCGGCGCUGAUGUCGACCUAAUCUCAGUUAAAGAUUUCAAGAAAAUUCAUGAAGCAAAUCCUGAGAUCAAGAAACAAAUAAAGAAACCAAAACAGAAGAUCUACGCCCUGAAUGGUAAAGAGCUGGAAGUUAUAGCUACAAUUAAAGAUGCAAAGUUGUCAAACAAGAACGCAGAAAUACUCACUGAUCUCUACGUUAUUGAGGACGGUAUUCAUAAAUUCCCAUUAUUAUCAGAAAGAACACUGAUGAAUCUUGGUAUGAUUAAAUACAGCGCUGAGGGAGAGUUUGUGAAGAAAGUUGACACGAGACAAAGCAAUGACAAAGAAAGAAAGUGUAAACCUGAAGAUAAAGUACCACAAGAAGAGCUCAGGAAGAUCUUGCAGAAACAUAAGAAGAUUUCCAAGGCAUAG